AUGACAGCUGGCUCUGUCUCAGCUCCUCAGAUCUUCCCACUUCGAAUCCCACCUCCUGGGAAAGCUCAACGGGAAAUAGACACAAAUACUCUCAUAGAAAUAAAAUCAGAUACACCUGAGGCCUCUAUUUAUUACACUUUAGAUGGAAGUAAACCAGAACUCAGUAGGAAACCUGGCUAUGGGCCUUAUAACACCUUGGAGUAUAAGGGUCCUAUCAUGUUACCAGAGGGGAGAGUAAUGGUCAAGGCUCUGGCAGUUACAAAGGACUACAGGGAGAGUUCAAUUGUGACAAAGGUGUUUGUGGUAGAGUACCAGCAACCAAACUUCCUUUUCCCUGUUGAAGAUGAUGACAAGAAUUUCCUGAAAUAUAUGGCCACACUGAAUAAGGAAGGUGGAACAUUUACUACAAAACCUAAGAAGAAUAGACUGAAUGUGGAAAUCAAGCCUGCCUGGGAUGAAACAACCCAAGACCUUCAAGACAGAAAACCUUCUCACAGAUCCCCUCAAGGGCCUCAGCUCCUUGCCAGUGGUUUGGGAGCCACAGAGCUCAGAGAGGAAUCCACCUCAGCACAGCAAAUGGAGUCAUUGCAGUUUACAAGUUCCUCUACAGUAACUGUCCAGAAAAGCCUAGCAAGCACACACAUGUCAAGGAUCCAGAGUGAAACAGAUUUCCUUAAAUGUGCACAUUGUUCUGCCCCUCGCCUGUCUGAGCCCUUGGCUCACUUCUGCCAGAAAUGUGGAUCUCCCAUCCCCCCUGUGCCAUUCCAGCGUUUCCCAGUCCCCGAAGGAACACAGAUGGCACCGUGCCUUGAAUGCAGACAUCUUGUGCCAAUGAAUACACCCACUUGCAUUAUCUGUGAGGCACCAAUAGCUCCACAGCUGCAGCCCCAAACCAACAUCUGCAUAAAGGGCAAAGUCAUUUGUCAGGUGUGUGGCACAGGAAAUCCUCUUCACCAUAAGCACUGUGCAACUUGUGAGAGCAAACUGCCUGAAGUACAACUGCCCACGUUUGGAGGAGACUGGUGCCCAUCUCUGCAGGGCCAGCCAGGGCAGACGGCUCGGUGCUCCAAGUGCGGCGGUGUGAACCGGAGCGACGCCCGCUUCUGUGCCUGGUGUGGGGCCAAGCCUGGACCUCUUCCAUCCUACUUUGCUUGUUCCAAGUGUGGGACCAGCAACCAGCCCUAUGCUCGAUUCUGUGUGUCCUGUGGUGUGUACAUAGAGCCCCCAUCCAGACAAAGCUCUCCUGGCACUCUCAUGGACCGUGGGGACCCCCUGGCAUCCUCCCAGGCAAAACUAUUACAGGCUCAAGUUGCCUGGAAAACUUGUCCUGUUUCCUUGCCCAAAUCAAGGGCAGAACUAACAGAAAGAGAAGAUAAAGGAACCCAAACCAUUGGACUUUUUUACCCAUCCAGCAAACUGUUGGAAAAGAAGGAGCUUGAGCUGAUUUCACAAAAGGAAAAGGUGGAAAAGAUGAGUGAUCAUAAGCCUCUCCUGACAGCCAUUAGUCCUGGAAAAGGUUACUGGAGAAAACAGCUGGAUCAUGUUUGUGCUCAUUUAAGAAGCUAUGCCCAGAACAACCCUGAAUUCAGAACACUGAUUGGAGAACCUCAAAUGGGAAAGAUUAACUAUGCCACCCUCUCUGAAGAUGACUAUGAAGUCACUAUUACAUUGAAUUUUGCUGCUGUUAACAAGAAUAUUCAUCCUAACAGAGCAGUGAAGCUCAGCAAUGAUUAUCUGAGUGCUGGAGCAGAAGUCAGAGAUGGACAGGAUGGCAGUCAGACUAAUUUUGGCAGAGAUGAUCCCAAUCUUUUCCAUUCAAGAGGCAAAAUAAAGAGAACCAAGUCAAGAACACUCAUGGGAAAGGAAUCUAGGCUCUCUCCAGAGUCCAGACAGCUGCUGGAUGAACUGGGUCAAACUGGGAAAGGCAGAAUCUCCUUCAUAGAACAGUUGCUCAGUGAUGGAGCUGACCCCAACUCCCUGAGCCAGGAGGAGCGCCCUGCCCUCACAGUUGCUGUCCUGAACAAGCACACAGGAGCCAUCUCCCCUCUGGUGCAGAAAGGGGCUGACAUUGACCAGCAGUCAGGGCCGCACAACAACACAGCUCUCCACGAGGCAGUUCUGCUGGGACUGGAGGGAGAGGAGAGCGUCCGGGCCCUGUUAGGCUGCAAUGCAAGCGUGCAAAAGAAGAAUGCAGCAGGGCACUCAGCGCUGGAUUUGGCUGUUGCAGCUGGAGAUAAUAAGGUUAUUUCACUGUUCCAAGUAAGUGGGGAUAGAGAGCACUGAACAGACUUAUGUGACACAGGAACAUUGUUCUCAUCAAUGUGUUAUUACAGCAAACUUAAUCCCCAAAUAAAGCUGAAGGUUCUUUGACUUUGGGAGCACCUGA